UAGCGGUAACAUUCUCCGUGCAGUGUCAGGCAGCAAGCAGGGGUCAGUGUUGCUCAGCGUUGACGCAGAAGGGCGAGUCUCUCGUUGUCCGUGGUAAACAUCCCAUCUUCGACUUCAACUAUAAGCUUCAGGAUUUUGGACCGUCGUUACAAUGGCCGAUGAAGUGCACGUACUGGAGUCCAACCAGAACCCACUGGUGACAGUCAGCUUUCAGAGAGACGCCAACAGGAAGCAGAAGUACCUGGAGGCUGAACCAAAAGCACUCGGGAUAACCCAAAUUGGCAUGAGUGUGUUUCAGAUUACUUCUACAAGUGUGUUUCACAGCCAAAACCACGGCACAACUGGAAUAGACGUCACUUUCAUAAUUUUAUCCAUUCUGGUGGUAAUAGCUGGGAGUGUAGCUAUAGCAUCAAAAAACCUCCACCUGCCUUUGCUGAAGGCCUGUCUAGGGAUGCAGAUUGUGGCCUGCCUCGCCAGCUUCGUUAACAUCAUCUGCAUACUGAUGAAUUACGAACAGUAUUAUUACACAGCCUGCUGGCACUACGCUCACGGCAACCAGACCACUUACAGUGAUGACUGCCAUAUUCUCGAGCGCACAAGGAGCCACCUAUUUGGGGAGAGCAUACUCAUCCAGGUCACUUUGAUGGCCAUAUCAGCCACUCUGGCCUCUUAUUGCUGCAAGGUGGUCAACUGCUGUGCACCGGCUCCCAAAAUGCCGGUGAUAACCUUGCAAACCCAACCUGCCGAGCAGUGAGGAUGGACAUCAAUGACAGAUUAAGGAUGUGAAAAUGCAUACCCUAACAUGGCAAUUUCAGGUAUUGCCUUCAGCCUCUGUGAUCUUCCUGCCCUGCACCAAACUUUGAGAGCAGAGAUCACACCCAGUAUACAAUAUAUACCAGCGUUUCAUAUUUUUAUAUUCACAAAAUUGUUGUUAUUGUAUAAGCUGAUUACUAUGACCAAUUUUCAACACCUUAAAUACUCACUCUGUAUUUCACUAUCGCUACCUGAAUAAUACUUUGAUUAUUUUGUUUCUGUAAAACAUGUAUGAAUUAUUAUGAUCAUUGGAAUAAUCGCAAGCCCAUACUCCAUCCAUAUGAUUUGUUAUUAUGUAAAGGCUCAAGGACAUGUAUGCUUCCUAUUAUGCUCGUUUUUUUAUGCUCAACUUCCACAUUUCUUAACCCAUUCAUUCAACUCCAACAUUAAAAUUUUUAGCUCAUUCCGGGCAUACAGGCCUGGAAAAAAAAAAUAAAAAAUCACACUUCUCAUAUGUCCACAUGUUUCCUGACAAACUACUAGUAAAAAAAUGAAUGAACAAGU